UACAAAAUGGCGUCCACAUCAACCAAGAGGGGAAAGGGGAAAACGUCCCAAAUAAGCAUCCAAAUAACCGGGAAAGGCUCUGAUGCAUAUAAAGACGUAGACUGGAAAACAUUGAGUGACGAUGAAGCUAAAGCUAUUGAGAAGGGAAAAUCAUUAGCUUGGAAUGUCCUGUCUAACACUCAGACACUGGCGCUUCAAGAUCUCUCUGUGGAAGAUGUGGAAAGCAAACUGGCAGACAUAAUGAAGUUGAAUAACUCAGAGAUUGACCUGGGCGAGGCGAUACUCCUCGACUACUAUGUGACUGGAUUCUGGUGGGCCAAGGAGCAAGGCUUCACCACACAACAAAUAUCUGGGUUCUUCUCUAUACUCCAUCUUCUUCUUGAAAACAUCAAAGAUAAACAGUUGUCCUUGUCAGACAAUUUGUGCGAGUUUCGUAAACUUCUUGUGGGUAUUGGGACUGAGGAUGGCAGCCAGAGUGGAGGUCUGGAUUUCUUUGAUUUGGAUCACGCCAAAACAAUCACAGAUUUCCUGAAGACUACGUUCUUCCAACAUCAUAGAAUGUAUGAGUUUCUGUUUCAUUCAGAAAGAACGGAAGAGAUUGUCGGGACAGAGCUUUUAGUUGAAGUGCUCCCUCCCGCCGCGAUGCCCUACCCGCCACCCCUGGAUGAGGGUAUUCGAGAGGAGGUGUACUUGAAGCAUAUUGCACCCGCCCCUCCUACUCCGACCCCUGAACCUCAGGUACAGGACGAUGUCGAGGAGACUCAAGAAACUGAGAAGACGCCGAGGGUUGAAGAGGACCUAGCCCCAGAGGAAGCUGAUGCUGGGAAACAAGAAGAUGUUCUCGCCGGUGUAUCAGCUGAUGAAGUCAAGGCAAUGUUUGACGUCGUAUCAAAGGAGCUCUUCGCUGGCCUACAGAGUGAAAUUUCAGAUAAAUUGGUCGAGAGGGAAGGAGAGAUAAUUGGAAGAAUCAACAAGAUUCACAGAGUCAUGGAGUCAUAGUCUGAAACAACAAAAACAUCUGAGAAUAACAAGGACCUCAAAAUUUAAGACAUCCGUUCUGCUUUAGCUAAAAUGAACCUUAUGGACAUGAUGUCAUUUCAGUAGGGCGCCCUCAUCUAAAGGUCAAAAGCAGGUUGUUCAUUGGCCAAUCCUGUGCGCCGCGCAAAUAAAUCUAUGCAUUUGAUUGUUUCGUGACUGGAUGACAGCAAUGUAUAAGGUCUAUACAUGUACUGCGUUAAGUGCAUUGUCUAUGACUGGUCACCUGAAAAACUUUGCUACUAAAUAAGCAAAAGAGAGUGUUUUCUGAUGAACUCCAGGAUGUGAUUGUGGACAGUUUUAGGUUGAUUGGAGGGCUGCAUACAAGUAUCAUGCUUUGUUCUUGUAAGGGCAAGGCGGUUUUUCUCAUUAUGGGCACCUAUACGAGCCCGAGCCUAUGCCAAGGUUUAGUGGCCUUGCAGGCGAUUUCACGAAACGCUAGGAUUAAUCCUAUCUCGUGUUAGGGCGAGUAACCCGUCCUAACUUAGAACGGGUUCAAUGGGUCCUAACGUAUACGGAUAUGGAAUUGAACUCAUCCUAAGUCCUAAGAUUAAUCCUAAGUUAGGAAGAGUUUGGUGAAAUCAAUGGCUGGGGUGGA